AAAGUUACUGUUUUUCUAUAGGUUCGUGGUGAUCUAAGCACAUUCUGUUGGGUACAAAACAAUCGAUGCGUCGAAUAUCGACAUGAAGAUUUAGUACAUGUGGUUUAUUCAUCACUCAAUUUCAAAGAUGUAAUGAUUGCAACUGGCAAAUUGGUAUUUAAUCAAACGAUUUCACAAUAUCGGUUGUUUCAAGACAUGCCCUUAGGACUGGAAUACGUAGGAUUCGAUGCCAACGGGCAACGAGUAAUGGGACUUCGUGACACUGAUUGUAUAGCAAAUGUUGUUGUAAAAGAUAAAGACUUCUUUUGGAAAAUACCCGAUACUUGGACAUUCGAAGAGGCAGCGACGAUCCCAUGUGCUUACAGCACAGUUUAUUUAGCUCUAUACAUUUAUGGGAAAAUGAAGAAAGGCGAUAAAAUACUUAUACAUUCCGGUACUGGCGGUAUCGGACAAGCAGCUAUUCAUCUCGCUCUCAAAGAAGGAUGCGAAGUGUUCACUACAGUGGGCACAAGUGACAAACAAAACUUUAUUAAGCAAACGUUUCCGACUAUUUUGGAUGAACAUAUUGGAAAUUCUCGAGAUACGAGUUUUGAACAAAUGAUAAUGCAGCAAACGAAAGGUCGCGGCGUUGACAUAGUUUUAAAUUCAUUGGCGGAAGAAAAAUUACUCGCGUCUGUUCGUUGUUUGGCACAAAAUGGUCAUUUUUUGGAGAUCGGUAAAUUUGAUCUUGUUUCUAAUAAUCCUUUAGAUAUGUUCGCAUUUCAGAAGGGUAUUACCUUUCAUGGAAUUCAUCUUGAUAAUAUGGUCAUCGGUGAUCACAAGUAUAGGCCUCUAUUGUCAAAAAUGCUAUCCGAUGGUCUUAAUAAUGGAACUGUCAAACCACUUAAAGUGAAAAUUUUUCCAAAAACAGAUAUCGAAGAAGCUUUUAGAUAUAUGGCAAGUGGAAAACAUAUGGGAAAGAUAAUUAUAAGUAUUCAGGAACAAGAUAAACCUUUAAACAAUUACAUUUUCGCAUAUCCUCGCUAUUAUUGUCUCAAAGAUCGGAAGAGCACACGUCUGAACUCCAGUCACUUAGGUACAGUAGAACAUUAUGGUGACACGGCCUGCAUCGUCUUCAGUACUGGUGAUGUAUUAUGGGUACCACCCGCACAAUUUAUCGGACUUUGCGAUUUGGAUCUUCGUCUUUGGCCCUUUGAUACUCAGGUUUGCAAUAUGACAUUUGGUUCUUGGACAUACCAUGGCGAGCUAAUCGAUAUGCGAUUUGCGCUUGAAACCGCACAUAAGGUAUAA